AUGUUCUUCCUUCGCCAACUCACGCACACGAUCCUCCUCCACCCUUCCUACUUUGGCGCCCAGCUCGAAGACUACCUCCGCCAAAAGUUGUACGAGGAUGUCGAGGGCACGUGCAGCGGAAAGUAUGGCUACAUCAUCUCCGUUGUGACGAUCAACGACAUUGGCGAGGGCAAGAUCAUGCCCGGUACAGGGCAGGCGCGCUUCAAGUGUUCCUACACUGCUAUUGUCAUGAAGCCCUUCAAGGGCGAGGUCGUCGACGGCAAGGUCGUCAAUGUGAAUAAGAUGGGCUUUUUCGCAAUGGUCGGUCCCCUCCAGGUCUUUGUGUCGUCUCACCUCGUGCACGCCGACAUGAAGUUUGACCCGAACGCAAGCCCCCAGUGCUACCGGUCAAACGACGAGGUCAUCCAGAGGGACACGUGUGUUCGCAUGGAGAUUGUCGGCUGCCGCAUAGAGGCCAACGACAUCUUCGCCAUUGGAACCAUCAAGAAAGACUUUAUGGGCCAGAUUCAAGAUUAA